AUGGAACAGCGACUAACAACUCCAUACACGACUUCCACUUCCGAAGGGACAACGACCUCGUAUGGAACGACCACGACAACACCAUACACGUCUACGUCAACAUCCGAAGGGACAACGACGACACCAUUCGAGACCACUAUUUACGUCACGCCAACAACUGCAACAACACCUUACACCACUAGUUCGGAUGUGAGGUUGAAGAAUGGUAUGGACGAACCCCAGUACAUUCCCGACGAUAAGAUUGUCGACGUAGAUGAUGAGACACCUGAUGAUGUCGGAAAACUUAGACCCAACAGCAACAGGCCAUUUGUAGCGGACAAAAAUAAACUCAUCAUUAAGUUCUGGUUUAUGCCGGCUGUUCCAGUGGAGUCUGUGCGCCUUCCGACAGCUGACAACGUGGACUAUUUCACUGUUUCCUAUCUUCGUCCUCGCCAAGGCACUCCGGAAGUCGUUGUAGCAAGUGAGGUUGAACCGUCAAAGACAGUAAGGUUCCCUGGACAACCAGAUGCUGUAGAUGUCAUAAUCACGUUCUAUAGAGCAAAUCCAAACCAGCCGAUGAAAAUACGUGUUUCAAUCAAGGCAUGCUUCAAACAAGUGACGACAACGACCACACCAUACACUACACCAAUGACACAAACAACACCAUACAUCUCUACUACGACUUCGUAUGGUACAACGUCAACUACUCCAUACACGACUUCAACUUCAUCAUCUGAAGGUACAACGACUUCGUAUGGAACAGCGACUACAACUCCAUACACGACUUCCACUUCCGAAGGGACAACGACCUCGUAUGGAACGACCACGACAACACCAUACACGUCUACGUCAACAUCCGAAGGGACAACGACCUCGUAUGGAACGACCACGACAACACCAUACACGUCUACGUCAACAUCCGAAGGGACAACGACGACACCAUUCGAGACCACUAUUUACGUAACGCCAACAACUGCAACAACACCUUACACCACUAGUUCGGAUGUGAGGUUGAAGAUGGUAUGGACGAAACCCCAGUACAUUCCCGACGAUAAGAUUGUCGACGUAGAUGAUGAGACACCUGAUGAUGUCGGAAAACUUAGACCCAACAGCAACAGGCCAUUUGUAGCGGACAAAAAUAAACUCAUCAUUAAGUUCUGGUUCAUGCCGGCUGUUCCAGUGGAGUCUGUGCGCCUUCCGACAGCUGACAACGUGGACUAUUUCACUGUUUCCUAUCUUCGUCCUCGCCAAGGCACUCCGGAAGUCGUUGUAGCAAGUGAGGUUGAACCGUCAAAGACAGUAAGGUUCCCUGGACAACCAGAUGCUGUAGAUGUCAUAAUCACGUUCUAUAGAGCAAAUCCAAACCAGCCGAUGAAAAUACGUGUUUCAAUCAAGGCAUGCUUCAAACAAGUGACGACAACGACCACACCAUACACUACACCAAUGACACAAACAACACCAUACAUCUCUACUACGACUUCGUAUGGAACAACGUCAACUACUCCAUACACGACUUCAACUUCAUCAUCUGAAGGGACAACGACUUCGUAUGGAACAGCGACUACAACUCCAUACACGACUUCCUACUUCCGAAGGGACAACGACCUCGUAUGGAACGACCACGACAACACCAUACACGUCUACGUCAACAGCCGAAGGGACAACGACCUCGUAUGGAACGACCACGACAACACCAUACACGUCUACGUCAACAUCCGAAGGGACAACGACGACACCAUUCGAGACCACUAUUUACGUCACGCCAACAACUGCAACAACACCUUACACCACUAG